GUAUUUGCUCAGAUCUAGAGUCAUGUCCGAAGAAAAUAUUGCUACUAAUCCGGAAAAAUCAGCCGUUGAUGAAAGGGUUGAUAAACUAGAGGCUACAAUGCAAGCUAUGGCUACAACUCUUCAGGCCAUCAGUCUCACGUUGUCAAAUCUGACCACUAGUUCUGUUUCUUCAUCUGCAACCUUGGUGCCUAUAACGCCUGCCUCAUCUGUUCCUAUUCCGUCAUCUACCAUUGCACCGAGUAAUCGUGCUAAGGCUCCUAUGGUCACACACUUACAGUUUCCUCCUAUUUAUGAGAACCAACCUUUAGUGGGGGAGUCGUCUUCACAUGCACCUGUACUUGGGGAAACCUCACACCUACCACUCGAGAUGAACAAUCCUAUCUUGCCCACAACCACACCCUUUACCUUUAACAUGCCACCUGUGAUGGGACAAAUGCCAGCUACUCAACCUACCCCCUCGGUUGAGAUGUUGAGGCCUGUUUUAGAGGACGGGAGAUCGAGGGAGGUUGAUCACAAGUUGCAACAGUUAGAGGAGGCGUUGAAAGCGAUGCAAGGGCCACAGUCUUAUGGUUCUAUUGAUUUAGAUGAUCUCUGCUACUAUCCGGGAAUCCAGACAAAUUUCAAGUUCAAACAGCCGGAUUUUGACAAAUAUGAUGGCUCAGGUUGUCCCUAUGCUCACCUGCAGAUGUACGCCAGGAAAAUGGCACCUUAUGCCAAUGAUGAGAGGGUGUUGAUUCAUUACUUUCAAGACAGUCUGUCAGGCCCGGCAAGCAUUUGGUUCUCCAUUCUCGACAAAAAGAAGAUUCGCACUUUUAAGGAUGUGUCUCAAGCUUUCAUGAAGCAGUACGAGUAUAAUAUCAGUCUAGCUCCUACAAGGGAUAGCUUACAGAGGGUCACCAAGAAGGGUAAUGAGAGUUUUAAGGAGUUUGCUCAGCGAUGGAGAUCUGAAGCAGCUAAAGUCAUUCCACCUCUCGCCGACAGUGAAAUAUGUUCUCUCUUUAUUAAGUCAACUACUGGGACCUUCCGUGCAUGGUUAGCUCCUUGUGUGGGGUACACUUUUGCUCAAUUAGUGAUGGCAGGGGAACAAAUUGAAGAUGGACUAAAGACAGGUAUUAUUAUGGACUUUCAAACCAUUCAAAGGCAAUUAGAGCAAGCCAAGAUGGGAAGCUCUGGAUCUACUUCAAAGAAGUUUGCACCCAAGGGGAAGAGAGAGGAUGAGGACACUUUGAGUCACAUCUUCACUAGUCGAGCCAAGCCAGUUCAUAAUGUGGGAAAUGCUCCUUAUAAUCAGCAACCUCAAUUACAUUAUGCUUCGGCCUUUAAGCCUUCCACCUAUCCUCAAAGGAGGCCAAACUUUAAUACUCAAGCUCCGACUAGGCGGCAAUUCCCACCCAUGAAUAACCCGAGGGAGUUCACUAAGCUUCCAAUUCCUUACAGUGAGGUGCUGAAACAGUUAGUUGCAGUGGGAUUGAUGGAGACAGUGCAAGCAAACCCUAUUCGGCCGCCUUAUCCGUUUUGGUAUGAUCCACAAGCUAGGUGCGAAUAUCACAAUGUGGUGGGUCAUGGUACCGAAUAUUGUGCAACUUUGAAACAUAGGAUUCAAGAUCUCAUUGAUGAGGGUAAACUUCAGCUUGAUGCUAAGGAAGCUAAGGGUACUCCAAACAUCACUCAGAAUCCUCUCCCUCCACAUGGGCCACCCACCAUGAAUAUGGUUGCUUUUGAUGAAGUUGAUAGAUCCGUGUUGAAGAAUGUCAGUUCUUGGUCUCUUGAUGAGUUGUUUGCCAUUUUGAUGGAGUAUGAUCUGAUUCAGCCGCUCGCACCAAUGAGCUUGAAUGUUUUGCCAGUGAUGAUUGAUGAAGUUGUGAUGUGUCCUUAUCACUCUAAUAUGAAAGGGCAUGCUUUGCGAGAUUGUGGGGAUUUUCAGAGAAAGGUUGAGGAGUUGCAGGCAAUGGGAUCUUUGAAAUUUAUAUCUACUCCAGAGUCAGAGAAAUCUAUAGCACCAGUGACUGAGGAAUACCCGACCAAAGAGAGGCCAUAUACUCUACAGAGUAUUAAAAAGGCACAAGUCAUCAGUCAAAAUUCUCAACAGCCUUAUGUCUUGAAAACCUCUCUUAGUGAGCCAUCUGUGGGAAAAACAUCAUUUGUGGUCAAUAGCCAUAUUCCUUAUUCAUUUAUGGCCACGCCUCAACAUGUUACCAUUAUGGAUCCUACAACUAAUGAUGUGUCCAAUAUGACUCGUAGUGGUCGGUGCUAUGUGAAUCCUGAAGUGGAAGAAUUAAGAAGGGCUACCUUGAAAUCAAAAAACAUCAGAAUUGAAGAAAUGCCAGAAGAAUUGCCUAAGAAGCUAGUGUCAGAAAAUGAAGUUGCAGAAUUUCUAAAUAUUUUGAGGAAAAGUGAGUAUAGCAUCAUUGAGCAGCUCAAUAAAACUCCUGCAAAAAUUUCUGUUUUAGAAUUGAUGCUGUCGUCAGAGGCUCAUCUUGAUGCAUUGCUCAGAGUCUUGAAAGAGGCUCAUGUGCCUAAGAAUAUUGAUACUCAGAAGUUUGGGACCGUGGUUGGGGCAAUCUUGGCUCCAAAUUAUAUUAAUUUCACUGAUGAUGAGAUUCCUGAUGAAGGAAAUGGGCAUACCAAGGCUCUUCACAUUUCUGUUCAGUGUAAGAUGAUGAAUGUGCCUCAUGUGUUGAUUGAUAAUGGGUCAGCCUUGAAUGUGAUCCCUAUGGCUGUUUUGAAGCAAUUGAAGAUGGAUGAGUCUCACAUGAAUCAGUGUAACACAGUGGUUCGUGCUUUUGAUGGAACAAAAAGAAGUGUGAUUGGAAAGAUUGAGCUUCCAGUGGAAAUUGGUCCUGUGACUUUUGAUGUGGAGUUCUUUGUUAUGGACAUUUCUCCUGCUUUCAAUAUGCUUCUUGGAAGGCCUUGGAUACAUGUGGCGGGAGCAGUACCGUCCACUUUGCAUCAAAAGGUCAAAUACAUUGUCAAUGGUGUUCUUGUCACGGUGAAUGGUGAGGAAGAGCAUGUCAUCCGAAAGGCUACAACCAUCCCAUACCUAGGAGUUGAUUCUGGAACUUAUGAGCCCUCUUAUCACUCAAUGGAGUGUGCUGCUGCUUCUUAUAUUCAUCCAAAGUUUAGAGGGAAACGGGCUGAAAUGGCUAAACCUGUUAAAGUUGCUGCUAAAAUCAUGCUUUCAUGUCAUUAUCAGUUGGGAAAGGGUUUGGGAUUGAAUGGACAAGGAAUUCUUGAACCUAUUGAAGUAAUUCAAGCUUGGGGCACUUUUGGUUUGGGAUACAAGGCGAAAAAGGAAGAUUGGCAGAGAAUGCGUGCUACUAAAGCGGAGAAGCGCCUUGCUAGACUUCAAGGGAGAGAUCCGAGAGAUGAACCAAUGUGGGUGCCACACAUUAGAGUUACAUUUCCACGGCCUGCUGAGAUUUUAUAUCCUUCUUUUGAUGGAUAUGUGGUGAAGCACAUGAAUGUCUUAUAUGUAGACCCAAAGGGUAUUGUUGUCACCAGUGGACUGCUUGAAAUUGGAGAGUGUUCAAAGCAAGCACAAUUAGAGGAGGUGGUUGUGGAAGAUGUUACUGAUGAAGUCUAUUCUAAUGAUGAGGAAGAUUGUUUCGGCUUCAACAACCUCUUUGAGUUAGCCAACAUGACAGAUCCUAAGGAAAGGUGGAGGAGGAUGCUUGCUGAAAGGGUAUUUAUGGAGGGGCACCCCAACUUCCAUCUUGUGCAUCAUGCGAAGGCUCCAAUGGCUUCACAUGAGUCUAUGCUCCUUGAAACCGUGAAAGAAGAAUCACUAUGUGACUCAUGGGGAAAUUUGACUAUAAAUGCCCUAGAGGAGGAAGAACCGGAAUUUGAUAGGGGAAUUUCUUUGGUCAAUGGAAGCUCUCAGGCUAAUUGGACAGUAGAACUUCUCCCUGCAGCUUUCAUCUCUGAGCCUGCUAAUGACGAAUCUUUAAACAAUGACGCCAUAUCAGACUUUAUAUAUGAGAUUGAUGAUCAGACCUAUAAUGGAGAAGACAAUGAAAAUUUUGAUCCUUCUCAUGAACUAACUCAAAUGCUAAGAGAGGAAAAACCAAAGCUGCAACCAAAUCAAGAGACAGAAACCAUUAAUCUGGGUACUGAGGAUGAUAGAAAAGAGAUAAACAUCAAUGCUCAUCUAUCUUCAGAGGAAAGAAAAGAAUUAAUUGAACUCUUAUCUGAAUUCCAAGAUGUUUUUGCUUGGUCCUACAAAGACAUGCCAGGACUGGAUCCUGAUAUUGCUGUUCAUGCCAUUCCACUCUAUUCUGAGGCCAAAUCAAUCAAGCAAAAGCUAAGAAGGAUGAAGCCAGAGGUUCUAUUGAAAGUCAAAGAAGAAGUGCAAAAGUUGCUAGAUGUCAAUUUCAUUGAAGUAGUUAUGUACCCGGAAUGGGUGGCCAAUAUUGUUCCUGUAAUGAAAAAGGAUGGCCGAGUCAGAGUCUGUGUGGAUUAUAGAGACUUGAACAAAGCAAGCCCCAAGGAUGAUUUCCCAUUGCCUCACAUCCAAAUUCUGCUAGAUAAUGCUGCUAAAAAUGCUCGAUUCUCUUUUGUUGAUGGCUACUCUGGGUACAAUCAGAUAAAAAUGAAGGAGGAGGACAAGCUCAAGACUACAUUCAUCACUCAGUGGGGCACCUUUUGCUACAAAGUCAUGCCUUUUGGACUCAAAAAUGCCGGGGCAACAUACCAACGCUCUGUGAUUGCUUUAUUACAUGACUUUGUGCAUACCAUUGUUGAGCUAUAUGUUGAUGACAUGGUGAUUAUGUCCAAAGAAGAGGUGCUACAUAUAGAAAAUCUCAAGAAGGUGUUUGAACGCCUCAGAAGAUACAAAAUGAGACUCAAUCCUGCCAAAUGUACUUUUGAUGUGGAUUCCGGAAAGCUACUUGGCUUCAUUGUGAGCCGUCGAGGAAUAGAGAUUGAUCCAGCCAAAAUAAAAGCCAUUGAUGAAAUGUCACCACCAAAAACCCAAAAGGAAGUCCGAAGUUUUUUGGGAAGAAUCAAUUACAUUGCCCGUUUCAUUGCCAAUCUUACCACCAUUUGUGAACCUAUCUUCAAACUCCUUAGAAAAAACAACCCUCAUACUUGGAAUGACCAAUGCCAACAAGCCUUUGACAAAAUUAAAGAAUACCUCAAAAACCCACCAAUCCUUGUGCCACCAUCCGAUAAAAGACCUUUCAUCCUAUACAUCACUGUCCUUGAAAACUCCAUGGGAGCCGUCCUUGUUCAACAUGAUGAGUCAGGCAAGAAAGAAAGAGCCAUCUAUUAUGUGAGUAAGAAGUUCAAUGAUUAUGAGAGUAAAUACUCAUCCUUGGAGAAAACCUGCUGUGCCUUAGCCUGGACAUCUAAGAAACUUCGCCACUACAUGUUAACCAACACCACUUACCUACUUUCAAGAAUGGAUCCCAUAAAAUUCAUUUUUGAAAAACCUACCCUCUCUGGAAGGAUCUCUCGAUGGCAUAUGCUGCUUUCCGAGUUUGAUAUUAUUUACACAACACAAAAGGCCAUAAAAGGGCAAGCCAUUGCAGAUCAUUUGGCAGAGCAUGCUGUGGAAGAUUAUGAGCCUAUCGAUUGGGAUUUUCCUGAUGAAAACAUUUUGGCAGUGGAGGCAGAAUCUGAUUCGGAUAAUUGGAAGCUCUUCUUUGAUGGAGCUGUUAACCAACUUGGUUGUGGCCUUGGAGCAGUAUUGGUAUCCCCAAAGGGUGAUCACUUUCCUAUUGCUGUAAAGCUUGAUUUUCCUUGUACCAACAACAUAGCUGAAUAUGAGGCUUGUAUUGCCGGAAUGCAUGCUGCUUUGGAUAUGAAUAUUCGAGAUUUGGAGGUAUAUGGUGAUUCAGCACUAAUCAUCUGCCAAACAAAUGGUGAAUGGCAAACCAAGGAUCCAAAACUUAUUCCCUAUCACCAAUACCUCGAAACUCUCAUAAGAAAAUUCAGAUUCAUCUCCUUAAAUCAUAUGCCCCGUGCCAAGAAUCAGUUUGCGGAUGCUUUGGCAACUUUAGCCUCCAUGAUACAAAUCUCCAGUGAUGAUGUAAUCAAGCCUUUGAUGAUUGAAAUCAGUCAAGAACCGGCACAUUGCAUGGAAAUCAAGGUUGAUGACAAACCAUGGUUUCAUGAUAUUAAACAGUUCUUGCAAAAUGGGGAAUAUCCUCUGCAUGCUUCUGAGGUGAACAAGAAGACAAUCAGAAAAUUGGCAGCUUCAUACUUCUUGAGUGGAAAUACAUUGUAUAAGCGCUCUGCUGAUAUGACCUUGUUGAGAUGUGUUGAUGAAACAGAAGCAAAACAAGUCAUGACUGAGGUCCAUGAAGGGAUAUGUGGAACACAUGCAAAUGGAAGAAUGCUUGCUAGAAAAAUUCUCCGGGCUGGUUAUUAUUGGUUGACUAUGGAACAUGAUUGCAUCAAAUAUGCACGAGCUUGUCACAAAUGUCAAAUUUAUGCUGAUCAUAUUAAUGCUCCGCCUUCAUUACUACAUAAUAUGUCCGCUCCUUGGCCAUUCUCCAUGUGGGGCAUUGAUGUGAUUGGGGCAAUUAAUCCUAAAGCUUCCAAUGGUCAUCAAUUCAUCUUGGUUGCUAUUGAUUAUUUUACCAAAUGGGUAGAAGCAGCAUCUUAUGCUAGUGUUACAAAGAAGGUGGGAGAAAGGAAGCUGAAUUCGAUGGCUAAGGAGUCGUCCAUGCUAGCUGAAACUCCAAUAGCAAACGAAAGUUCAACUUAUUGGGGCAAUAUUUUCAAAUAUCUCCUCAUGGGAAACAAAUGAGAUUCUACCUCUUGCGUUCGACAAAGUACACAUGAAUGUGAAUCUACUCAGCUAUUGCAUAGAGAUGAUCACAUGUUGAUGAACACACAACCUAAAGGACACUAGACUCCUGCCAAAUAGGAACAUCUAAUAUGUUCAGGGAAGUUUCUUAACCUUUCUUCAUUGUUGCAUUAUCUUUUAUGUGAAAAUUGUCUCACUUGCACUUGUUUCAUUAUCACAGAAUGUGCAAAUAUUACUUUCCUCCGGCCCUUGAGCCGCGUUUAUCAUCAUCUC